AUGCAGGAGCCCAUCAGCGUGGUUCCGACGGAGGCGUGCGGCGAACCGUUGCAAGAGGAGGAGGAGGUAGCCUUGACCCCAUGUUGCGCCUCGGAUCCGGGAUCGGAUUCCUUCCUUUCUGCCCCGGAAGCUUUGGAGCUCCAAGAAGGACUCGAGGAGCUGCCGAAGUUCCUGGAGCUGGGAAGCCAGCCGUAUGAGCUACUUUGUGCGGCUCUGCCCUGCAAAGAGCUCUUCGCCCUCCGGCUGGUCUCCACGUCAGCGAGGAUGGACACGAACCGGGAGAUUGAGGUACGGCUGAAGUCCCUGUGGCUUGGGGCCCGCGCUCGCGUGGAGUCACCACCGGCCAGUCCCACCCAUGCAAGAGAGAGAGCUCCGUCGGUGGAAGAGACUCCGGUCAAGCUGAACAUCUAUGACGUGACCACAAACCCCACUGUGCAGUGGAUCAACAGCCUCUUCGCCAACCAGUAUUCGCCAGUGAAGUUUGGCGGCAUCUUCCAUGUGGGCGUGCAGAUUGGUUCGAGGGAGUGGGCAUUUGGCUACAAGCCCUCCGGCACCGGCGUCUUCUGGACUCCGCCGCUGUUUCCUGGACAGCACCACUUUCGGGAGACGAUCGACAUGCCACCUACGACGCUGUCUCGUACGGAGAUUGCGGAGGUCAUGACAAGCCUGGAAAUCAAGUGGAGUGGACCAAGCUACAAUGUCUUCCGACGAAACUGCUGCCACUUUGCUGACGAGGUGUGCGAGAUUCUGGGUGUUGGCAACAUCCCAGAGUGGACCUACC